GGCUCACCUCCCCAAAAGCAUAUAUCGAGUCCUCCUGGUAAACAUUUCCAAGCGACGAUAAGGAGAAAAGAGAAAACUUUGCUUCCUUCACUUGUGUAAAAAUUGUUGUCGUAUCAACCGCAGCUCGCGAGAAGAUGUUGGAGCUAAGGUUAGUGCAGGGCAGUCUUCUGAAGAAGGUUCUCGAGGCCAUCAAAGAUUUAGUGACUGAUGCCAACUUCGAUUGUUCAGCGACCGGGUUCUCCCUCCAGGCCAUGGAUUCCAGCCAUGUCGCUCUAGUGGCGCUGCUCCUCCGAUCGGAGGGUUUCGAACACUAUCGCUGCGAUCGAAACAUCUCCAUGGGGAUGAACCUCAAUAAUAUGUCCAAGAUGCUUAAGUGUGCAGGAAAUGAUGACAUCAUUACCAUCAAGGGUGAUGAUGGCAGCGACACCGUCACUUUCAUGUUCGAGAGCCCCAAUCAAGACAAGAUUUCUGAUUUCGAGAUGAAACUUAUGGACAUUGAUAGUGAGCAUCUCGGCAUUCCGGAGGCAGAGGAGCACGGCAUUCCGGAGGCAGAGUAUCACGCAAUUGUAAAGAUGCCAUCUUCAGAAUUUGCAAGAAUAUGCAAGGAUCUCAGCAGCAUAGGAGAUACUGUUGUAAUUUCUGCCACCAAAGAAGGAGUAAAGUUUUCUACUAGAGGAGAUAUUGGAUCUGCUAACAUUGUCUGCAGGCAGAAUAAGACAGUUGAUAAGCCAGAGGAGGCGACUAUUAUUGAGAUGAAUGAGCCUGUCAGCCUAACCUUUGCACUCAGAUACUUAAAUUCUUUCACCAAAGCAACAUCAUUAUCUGAAUCUGUGACUAUUAGUCUUUCUUCUGAGCUACCAGUGGUGGUUGAGUACAAGAUUGCUGACAUGGGGUACAUUAGGUUUUACUUGGCCCCUAAGAUCGAAGAUGAAGAAGAUGAGAUGAAAUCGUAAAGCUUUUUCCUUGCCAUAUUUGUUUUGGUUUUUAAUUUUUUAUUUUUAUCCUGUUUUCAAGAGUGGUGAGAUCAAUGCUUAAGGCCUGUGCGGAUGACUAUUUUCUUCCGUAUAUGUUAGCUUAAAUUUUAAAUAUUAUGGUGGUCAGUUUCCAGUUUGCAUUGGCAUGUAUCCUGCUCGAAUGCUCCUGCUGCUAAAACUCGUGACUUUACCAUUGAGUCAACUCUUGGUUAUUCGCAAUUGAAUGUCUUAAAUUAGUCUAUAAAAGUGGCUUAUUUUCUUAAAUUUAACUAUUGAUGUAUGGGAAGUUCAAAU